AAAUAAAUGGCUGGAAUUGAUUUUGAAAAUAAUGGAUUUGUAAUUUUUUAAUUAAAAUCUCCAACAGAAGCCUAUGCAACAAGCAGAGGAUUGUAGAGCAGAGAGAUGCAAGGAUUCCAGCGGUAAAUACAGACUCCCUGGUGAGCUUGGAGGAAUAUGGAAUCUCGCAAAGUAUGAUGAAGUGAAUCAAGGAGCGGGUUCCGUGUCUGCUCUCACAGGAGAAAAUUCACUCAAAAAGGCUGGUUUUAGGAGGAUGUUAAGAGAUGUACAAGGCCAUUGCGGAGCUGGGAAUGGCGGGGUUGCUAAUGUUUCAACUGGGGUUGGUCAAGGAUUCGAGACUUGUAUUGGGGAAGAAGCGUCAUUGUGGAAGAUUCAGAAGAAGAAGAGGGAGAUGAUAACGAAGGAGCAGCUGAGUUCAAUGCUUGGGUUCUUUCAGAGUUUGGUGAAGCAGGUGAUGGAUCAUCAAGAGUUUCUUCAUAGAAAAUUAUUGGAAGUGAUUGAAAGAAUGGAUAAAGAGAGGGCACAAAAAGAGGAAGAAUGGAGGCGUCAAGAGACUGCAAAGCAUGAUAGGGAAGCCCUUGCAAGAGCACAUGAACAGGCUAUGGCUUCCAAAAGAGCUCUCAUUGCUUCAUAUUUGGAGAAAAUCACAGGCCAUAGCAUCAAUAUUCCUGAAAGGACUCCAAUGUUGCUACCAGAAGGUGAAAUAGAACUCAGAAAUGAAUUGGGUCCUGCUGAGGUUGAUGCUAAUACUAGGUGGCCUAGGGCUGAAGUGGAAGCCCCUGUUCGAGUUAGAAGGGCAUUGGAAACAAAAUUUCAGGAACCUGGGUUAAAGGGAUUUCUUCGGGAAGAAGUGAGCUCUGUCAUGGCUUCGAAGGAUUACAAUAGUAGUGCCAAAAGGUGCAAAGGAAAUGGGAGAACUUAAACUAGUAUUUCAGGAAGAGCAAAGAGAGUGGGAAAUUAAAAACAUUCUCAGCAGUCUAAAACCUGCACUUUUUAGAACAACCAUUGUUUGUCCUCCUCCAUCUAGUUCUUUGAUUAAGUAAUAGUAGUAAUGUUGAGGCACAAAGACAAAUUGAUUCAAAGUUUUUAGAACCUUUCAUUUCUGGUAGUCGAUAGAGACCUUGAAAUUCCACCACUUAACUUCUGGCUUCAAGGUUUCUGAAGUGAAUCCACCAAGAUUGGAUUUUGAGGGCUUUAAGCAAAGGAAAGCCACGAUGAUGACAAUGGAGAGCAGACACUGAUCAGGUAAUAUUUCUUCCCAAAUUCUAGUUCAUCUCUAAGAGGCUGUGGUGUUGGAUUUCUUUGUAUGCUCACAUACAUAUUUUGAGCUUGAGGUCAAAUUAAUCCAAUUUGAAUAC